CCCUUGGGGAGUCAGCAAAGUCUGUCUGCCAGCAUAUUCUAUGCACCACCUAAGUGUGGUCUUUCCACUUCUCAAGAAUCCUGCAGUGUCUCUUAAGCUAUUUGUUUGCUCACUGUCUCUACUGUACACGCCUUAACCAGUUUGUCCAGAGCUUAGAUAUUUCAACUCAAUUUAUCUUCUCUGGUAAGAUGGGAUAACCUCCAAAGCAAACGCGUAUUCCAGGUUGUGACUUAACAUGUGAAUGUCUCCUCGAUUGAGCAGUGUCAGGAGUUGAGGUGAAAGCAUUAUUAGACCUGCAGAGGCAGCAGGGCCUUACUGGCUACAUCCACACCAGCUCUAGAAAGAAGAAAAGAAUUUGGCAUGUGUCUCCUUAAAUGAGAUACCAUGGCCAGAUUCUUACAGGCCCUGCUGUUCCUGGUGAUCACAGUGGGCCUUGUGUCUAGGAGAGUCCAAGCCUGGGGCUCACCGAAGAUUGUGAGGCCAUUUGAAGACAUCUCCAAAACCUAUGUCUAUGUGCAGCAAGCACUCUGGUAUGCCAUGAAAGAGUAUAACAAGGCCAGCAAGGACCAGUACAAUUUCAAGGUGGUGAACAUCCUAAAAUCUCAGGAGCAGAUUACAGACAGUCUGGAGUACUAUCUUGAAGUAAACAUUGCCCGGACGAUGUGUAAGAAAAGUGUUGGAGAAAAUGAAAACUGCCUGCUUCAACAAAAUCCUAAAAUGCAAAAGAUGGUGUUUUGCAUUUUUAUUGUUAGAUCCAAACCAUGGAAAUUUGAACUUAAGAUGCUGAAGAAACAAUGCAAAGAUAUCUAAUCAGCAUCCAGUGUACCUUGCCACUCUCACUUUUAAAUAAAGAUGCUUCAAGAUAAACGA